UAUUCCAUCCGUGGCACUGUACUGUCGCGUCGUCGUGUGUGAGCUCGAGCCAUCACUAUAUAAACGGCAUCCCAGUGUGCCAGGAACAUUCAGUAUCGCGUGUACCGUUUCCGGAAGUGCAGCUAGGCUCGGAAGUUCGAAGGAUGAAAUCUCAGCGUGCGUGGUACCAAUUAGUUUCACUAGCCAUGGGCCCUUGAUCUUCAUAUGCCUACUGUGGAUUACCUGUUGUACAGUUGCACUGCAGUCAUAAUAUUGGCAUAGAACAAUGGAUUACCAGUGAUUGUAGAGGUCAAGUGCGUGCGAACGUCACGAAGGAAGUGCUACGCGAGGAGAACUGCAGCUGAAUUCAAAAGAGGAUUUGUUAUGUGUACGUUGAGAGAGUGAUGAAAAUUGGGAUCCAGUGUCAUGAAUGGACAACAUAAAGAUGGUAUAGCGGAGGGAGUGUGAUGACUCAAUCAGAAUAUUUUAAAAUGGAUAGUUUGCAUGAAAACAGUGAUUUGUGUGAAUAGAAACAGCGUUCCUUGACAGAUGCAUCGUAAUCAUGAAACCAUGAUUAACCACGAAAGAAAUUUAAGAUACCUAAGCUAAGCAAACUGUCAGGAAUGAAAGAAUCAGUGAGCGGCUAUUUCAGCCCCUUAUGUCGUUACCCCUACGAUGGACGAUCUCCCAAAAAAUAGUAGAAAAAAUAAUUGAAAUCAAGCAAGUGAAACUUUUCGGAUCUAGUAGUCGGGUUCGAAUGAAAACCAAAAAAGACACAUAUUUAUUGGUCAUAGUACUCCCAUGACGGCGGUAGCAGCAGCAAGUAAAAGAACACGACACAAACAACGCUCUGGACCAUGUCCAGCAGCAUGGUGAACUGCAACAGCAACAGUGAUCUGAAGCAGAUAAAACUAAUUUGAUUGUUCCGGUGUGAUCAGACUGUUCGAACAGACUGUGCCAAGGUACGGUGGUGAUGGUGGUUGUUGUUGUUAUGUUAUUGUUUCGAUCCCAUUAAAUUGCAGUCCUCUGGCGGUUUCACUUCAAUACACCUAUAAAUAUGACUAUCAGACUGACAAAACAAACGGAAACAAGCAAACGUAGCCUUUCGUGCAGCAAAAAUACGGUGACCGAGUUCGAAAAUAAAUCCCCGAUUGCUGCGUCGAAUCAAUAAUGAUUUCAAUUUAAAAUCGUCAUCCCUUCGUAUCCUGAACGGUUUGGUGCAUUUGUAACUGAAACCCCCACAAAAAGAAGACCUUGUGUCGCUGGCCAAAAGAAAAGUGAAAACCAAACUCCCACCGAACAGGGGAAGGAUGAAAGUGUUCGACAUAACGUGCGACAAACCGACGACGCGUUCCCCGGUGGACCCGGAAGCAAUAAGCGUAAAAAUCGACGGCAAUUGCCUGGAGGACGACCCUUCGGCGUUGCGGCGAUACCUGCGAAAGCAUACGAGUGCUUCCCGGCGCUCAUCACCUUCGAUUGCCAAUUCCUACUCGCGGCCAUCCAGACAGUCGGUGUCGGACAUGGCGACGGCCCCGGAACGGACCCAAAAAGUGACCAUUUAUGGCUGUGUCAAGUUUAAUCCCAACUCGAGAAACGGCCGCCGUUGGUUCAUGUGCCACAUGAUACUGGUACUGCUGAUCCCAAUCGUUGCCGUCGUACUGCAAAACGCCAUCCUGCUCUGCCAACAAACGAUUAAAUACGAAACGACGAAGCGCGUUGAUGGAGAAAUGCGUAUGACAAUGAAUAUGGCGAUCCUGGUGAGUGCAGUACAAAAAGAACGCAAACUACUGGCCUACUUCGUGCUGACCCGAAGAAACCGGACCGAUGCCGAGCAGGCAAUCUCCCAGACCAACACUAUCCUGGAACGGCUAGUCGCCCAUAGCCAAGAUUGGGACAUUGAGUUUGGCGAAGGAUCAAAUCAAACCAUUGCGGAAGAUUUGAGCGAAACAAGGAAUCUACUGCUAAGCAACAAUGAAACUUUCUGUGCAUCAAACUUCGAGUCCUAUAAUGAUCUCAACCGACACCUGGUGGACCAGAUCAGCCAAAGCGUGGGUUUUUUCCUGAGUGGCAUCGUGUGGCGGCAACUGGUCGUGUACAAGAAUGUGAUCGAAGCGGCUGAGAAUAUCAACAUUGCUGCCAUUCUGGUGCUGCAGUUCAUCAAACGCGGCUGCCUUAGCUUGGAUAAUUUCGCACAAUUCGUUCGAAGGGAUGCAGCUGCGAUGGAUCAUCUACGGGCGGCGGAAAACUUCAUGGCAAACAUGAUCAUCAUGGAGAGCAAAGAAUUCCACGUGUUGAGUAAAUGGCGUCAAAACGUGCUGAUGAACGCAUCCACCGAGGAACGGGAGAAUGCAUUUGCUGAGUAUUACCAUUCGGUGAACACACUCAUCGAUAAUUUGCAGACUCUACAGGUCGAUUUACAGGUCAUGGUGAAGACAACAGUCAAAGACGAAAUGCAAAACGCCCGCUUGCACCAGAUGAUCUCGUUCGGCUUAGUAUUGCUGAUCGUUCUCAUCAGUCCCAUGCUGGUACUGAUGGUUCGGAAUGCAACCAACACUAUCCAAGAUUUUUCCACCCAGCUAGUAACUCGCACUCUGGAACUGCGCAAUGAAAAGGUCAAAGCCGACCGAUUGUUGUACCAGAUGCUUCCGCCAGCAGUCGUUCGGCAGUUGAAACAGGAACGCCAAGUUCCAGCGGAAACUUUCGACUCGGUUACGAUCUUCUUCAGCGACAUCGUCGGCUUUACGUAUAUUUCAGCCGUCAGUAGUGCGAUGGAGGUGGUUACCAUGUUAAACACACUCUAUCGACUGUUCGACUCGAUCAUUUUGAAGUACGACGUGUACAAGGUGGAAACGAUCGGUGACGCGUACAUGGUCGUUUCCGGGCUUCCGCAGCGAAAUGGAGAUAAGCAUGCCGGGGAAAUCGCGAUGAUGUCACUGGAUCUUCUCUGUGGAAUCUCUGGAUUUAUUAUUCCCCAUAUGAGAAACCGAACGCUCGAAAUUAGAGUCGGAAUCAACACGGGACCCUGUGUUGCCGGAGUGGUCGGAACGACAAUGCCUCGGUACUGUUUGUUCGGGGACACAAUCAAUACCGCCUCCAGGAUGGAGUCAACCGGUGAACCUAUGAAGGUGCACAUUUCAGAGCAUACCAAAGAGGUUCUAGACAAAAUUGGCGGGUUCAAGAUCAAACUACGAGGAUCGGUCGAAGUCAAGGGUAAAGGACAAAUGGAAACUUUCUGGUUGCUCGGUCACACCAACUUCGAGCACCUUUCGCCUGAUACGGCUAUCCCGAUCUAUAAACCGAGCGUUGUGACGGAACCGGAAUUUCUACAGAUGAUUUAAAGAAAUGCUGAAUGUUUCCAAUAGAACUAGUUGUAACUCCAGUAAACAGAACGGCGUCACGGUAGCAAUGAUGCCAUUGAUGUUCUGUAGUUGUUUUAUGGUAUAUACCCGCUGUGUAAACGUAUAGCAUAUCUUAAUAACAGAGGUAGUGAUAUAGUAGUGUUGGACAUAUGAUGAACACCCAGCUGACUGAAUAAUUAAGUAAAUUUAAUUAAAUAUUAAAUUCGGCAGUGUUUAGGUAUUGUUGAUCAGAUUUACUACGAUGAAGUUCCUGUUAAUUAGUCAAUUACUAAAAGUGGUGAGCAGAACGAACACGUAUGUUGCGUUCUAACGAAAAUGAAUCAAAAUGAAACUAGUUGUGGCAAACGUACAUUUUAAUGUAUUUCCUCUUGGUGCUAAUGUCCGCAGUAAGAAAUAAAAAAAUACGUGAUAAACAAACACUUUGAGCGAAAUAUAAAACUAGGUAAAUGUGAUGUUUUAUGUAGAAUCUCUGUUGUAAAUAUUGCCUGACGUCUAGCAUUGGCCCAUUUGAAAUACAAUUUAGCGAUCGAAAUGUGAAAUUCUAUGAAGUAAUUUAUUCGCGAACCAAUUAGUCACACCUGUGAUUUGAAAUGAGAUUUUUGUCAACAUUUCUAGCUGUUUGUUUACAAAACAUUUUUUACUAUCAAUUUCCUUCGCAAAGGAAUAGAAACAUGCUGAAACGUCGAACAAUGUUUAAAAAUCAAGAUUUUAUGCAAUGCUACCGAGGUUUGAAUGUUUAUGCUUAAAGUAUACCGAAAUUUGUAAAAUGAAAAUGAUUAAUGACAAAUCUGUGUACCUUUUUCGAACCAGCCGUGGACCAUUGAGAACAAAAUAAAUUUUAGUAACCAAAAAAAUUGAUCAAAAU